AUGGACAGUUUGCUGCUGGCGGCGCUGCUGAAAGAAGCAGCAACACAAAGUUUGGCGGAUUCUGGAGAGCGUCUCUGCACUUUGAGGGGCCACUACGAGCAGCAAAUAAAAGAGCUGCAGCAGCAGCUUGCGCAGCAAGACAUGCAGUUUCAUGCUGCUCUUGCUGCUCGCAGCAGCAGCAGCAGCAGCAGCAGCAGCAGCCAGGGGUCUCCUGCUGUUGCUGCUGCUGCUCUCGCGCAGCACCUCAGUCUUGAAGAAGCCCUUUCGGACCCCUUGGGCCCUGCUGCUGCUUUCUUUGGCUUGCGCAGAGACAGCAGCAGCAGCAGCAGCAGCAGCAGCAGCAGCAGCAGCAGCAGCAGCAGCAACAACAACCUUCCUGAGCCCAUCAGCCGCAACUGCAGCAGCAGCAGCAGCAGCAGCAGCAGCAGCAGCAGCCCCGCUCUCAAGCCGGCCUACAGCUUUGAAAAGGCAGCAGCAGCAAAUCAACUCAGGGGCCCCCCAGAGGGGCCCCCCACAUUUCUGGGGCCCUCGGGGGGGCCCCCAGGGGCCCCCGGGGGCCCCAAAACUAAACCCUUUAUGCUGCCUCUGGCUGCUGCGUCAGUGGCUCCUGCUGCUGCUGCUGCUGCUGCUGCUGCGAGAACCCCACAGCAGCAGCAGCUGCAGCAGCAGCAGCAGCAGCAGCAGCAGCAGCAAGAUAGCAGCAGCGCGGAGGGCCCCACGGGGGCCCCCGCCAGUGAGGGUAUUCCAGUCUUUGUACUUAGAGACGAAGAAACUUGGUUUUAA